AUGGAGUCACGAAACAGCUCUAGAAUGGUAACUGAAUUUAUCAUACUGGGGUUUGGAGACCUCAAGGAACUAAGUCCCUUGCUCUUCCUGUUGUUUGGCACCAUCUACUUAGCCACCAUUUGUGGAAAUCUUCUCCUUGUGGCACUGGUGAUCACACAACAGGGACUCCGGACUCCAAUGUAUUUCUUCUUAGUGAACCUCUCAUGCCUGGAGAUCUGUUAUACAUCCAACAUUGUGCCCAGGAUGCUGGUGGACUUGUUGAGGGAAAAUGGAGUGAUCUCCAUGGUGGGUUGCAUUAUCCAACUCUACUUCUUUGGGGCUCUGGGAAGCACUGAAUGUUAUCUGCUGGCCGUGAUGUCGUACGACCGCUACCUGGCUGUCUGCUGGCCCUUGCAUUAUCCAACACUAAUGCAUAGAGCCCUGUGUGGAGGGCUAGUAAUUGCAUCAUGGCUUAGUGGCUUCAUAGUGGCAGCUGCAUUCCAGGCUGCCAUGGUAUCCAGUUUGAACUUCUGUGGUGACAAUGAGAUUGAUCACUUCUUCUGUGACUUGAAACCUCUACAGAAGCUCUCCUGCUCAGAUCCUUAUCUGGUCAACCUGGUUUGCAUGAAUCUUACAGCCCUGGUAACACUAGCUCCCUUUGGACUAACUCUAGUCUCCUAUUGGAGGAUUCUUUCAGUGAUCUUGCAUAUAACUUCCGAGACUGGUAGGCAAAAGUCAUUCUCCACAUGCUCUUCUCAUCUGGUAGUAGUGACUCUAUUCUAUGGAACUUUAAUACUGGUCUAUGCUGUGCCCUUGGCUGGCCAGGUGCCAGCUGUGAACAAAACAUUCUCCUUGCUGUAUACCAUUGUCACUCCCAUGUGCAAUCCUCUUGUCUAUAGCCUCAAAAAUAGAGAUGUCAAGGAGGCUCUGAGAAAGCUGUGGAUUUAA